AUGGCCGACUACGUGGACGGGAGCGAGGACUGCCAGACCAGCAAGACCAACAUCUCCAGCACGGCUCGAUCACCGCUCGAGGAAGAUGACGACCUCAGAGGCUGGGCAGAGGUGCCGUUCCUCGAGUUGCCGCUGCUGAAGUCCAAGUCGGUGCGAGAGCAAGUUGAAUUCCUCGUGCUUGCGUGGGCGCUUCUCCUGUCCCGUGGAAGCUUCGUUAGGAAUGACGACUCGUUCUGCUGGGGCAUCUAUGAUUUGGGAGAGGGACAGGGAGAGGGAACUCUGGCAGCACGCAAAAUGGACACGGUCAAACUGGACAGCCUCAUUUCCGGAGACACCGACACAAUUGCCAACGUUCUCAGAGCGAUGAGGAGCCUGUCGCCAUUGCUGCACAGUGUCACAAGCUGGAACCAUCAUGCAGUGUUCUUCGCCACAGCGGAUACAUUGUCACCGCAAUCAGUGGAUGACUCUUCAAUCUUCAGUAUAGAUGUCCGAGUGAUAGCCGAUCGCUUGUAUUGGCGGAACUCUGAACACAGCGCCCUUCUGUCUCCAGAGAUGGCAGAGUUUCACAUCCGUAGGUUCGCGGACGCUCUCCAGGCCACCUUGCUCGACCAGGAGCAGACCGUAACGGCGGCGGCCCGCCUGGGCGAGCAAGAGCUCGCACAGCUAUGGGAAUGGAAUCAGGAGGUUCCUCCCGCCGUCAAGCGCUGCAUGCACGAAAUCAUCGCGGAAAAGACCGCCGAACAUCCUACCAAACAAGCGGUGGUGUCCUGGGACGGUGACUUGACCUAUGGACAGCUUGAUCGGCUCUCUGGCCAUAUAGCUGUCCAAUUGACAAGACUCGGAGUCGGCAUAGGCACGUCCGUGCCUUUGUGUUUCGAAAAGUCCAUCUGGACUGUGGUCGGAUUGCUUGCGGUAAUGAGGACCGGAGGCACCUUCGUCCUCACAGAUCCUCAGCAACCAGAAGGCCGUCUGAGCGUCAUAGCUGCCGAGGUGAAUGCGCAGGUGGUCGUGGCAUCGCAAAAACAGGCCGCGCUGGGUGCUCGCAUUGCACCUCAUGCGAAGAUAGUUGUAGUCGGCCCAGAGCUGCUGCAGUUGGACGAACAACAGAUUCCGAUUCCUGCACCACUGGCACCGGUUCCUUCCUCUGCCCUCCUGUACAUCAUCUUCACCUCCGGCAGCACCGGCAAGCCAAAAGGAGUGAUGAUCUCUCAUGAAAACUUCACCACCGGGGCGCUACCAAGAGCACAAGCGGUCGGAUACAAGCCACACUCCAGGGUGCUCGAUUUCCCGUCGUACGCAUUCGACGUGAGUAUCGACUGUAUGCUGUGCACGUUGGCAAAUGGUGGAUGCAUUUGUGUCCCUUCAGACGACCAAAGAGUCAACGACCUCAGCGGAGCCAUCAAGUCCAUGAACGCCAACAUGGCCCAUAUGACACCAUCCGUAGCCCGCCUCUUAUCGCAGGACGCCUUGAGUUCUCUGGAAGUGCUGGGUCUAGGCGGCGAGUCCCUCUCGUCUGGGGACGCGGCAGUCUGGAGCAAGACGACCAAGCUAAUCAUUGCCUAUGGCCCGUCUGAAUGCACGGUGGGAUGUACAAUCAACAAUGACAUCGACGUGACAAGGCCAUACACCAGUAUCGGGAAAGGGGUCGGCGGAGUCACCUGGGUGGUCGAUCCAGACGACCACAACAUCUUGACCCCAGUCGGGGCGGUGGGCGAACUGCUGAUCGAAGGCUCAAUUGUGGGGGUUGGUUACCUCAACGAACCGGAGAGGACCCAACAAGUCUUUAUCGAGGAUCCCGCCUGGCUACUCGCUGGCACGAAGACGGCGGCUGGAAGGCGUGGCCGCCUGUACAAGACCGGGGACCUGGUCAAGUACGACCCGGCAGGGUCAGGAAACAUUGUUUUCGUCGGGCGAAAAGAUCGACAAGUGAAGCUGCGAGGCCAACGAGUUGAACUGGCCGAGAUUGAGCAUCACAUAUUGAAGAAGCUGCCGGAAGGAGUAAGCGUUGCAGCCGAGGUCAUCACCCCAGGUGGAAAAGACCGUGAGCCCAGCUUGGUGGCCUUCAUCGCAGAGCAAAAAGAUAAGCAGCCUCCGAACACUGCUGGAGGUGCUGAGACAACAACGACAACAUACCUCUCAGCCGAGCUUCGCCAGUCGCUACCAGCGAUUGAGGUAUACCUCGCCACCGAACUUCCCAGCUACAUGGUGCCUACCGCGUAUAUCCCUCUCCCAGCUCUGCCGCUUUUGGUAUCGUGUAAAGUGGACCGGAAGCGGUUGCAAGAAAUCGGGCUCGCCAUGACCCCGCAACAGCUGGCCAAAUUCAGGAUGGAAGUGGCCGACAACCACGCGCCCCAGACGGAAGCAGAGCAGAUACUGCAAAGAAUCUGGAAACAGCUCCUGGCCUCGGAGGGCGAUAUUGGGGUCAAGGACAACUUCUUCGCCCUCGGGGGUGAUUCCCUGAAGGCAAUGAAACUCGUCGCCGCGGCUCGACUGGAGGGGCUCUCCCUCACCGUGGCUCGGGUCUUUGCCAAUCCCACUCUUUCACGCAUGGCGUCCACGGCUGAGCGUGUAAGCAACGCCCCUGAAGCGGAAAUACCACCCUUCUCCUUGUUGACUCCAGGCUGGAAAGCAGGAGAUGCCAGGACAGGAGUGGCCAGCCUGUGCAAGCUCUUGCCCUCGGCCAUUGAAGAUGUCUAUCCUUGUACUCCGCUGCAGGAGGGCCUCAUGGCUCUCUCGGCCAAAGUGAGCGACGCAUAUGUUGCGCAGAGAGUCGUCGAUCUGAAUGACCUUCAGGCCGCCCAUCUGCUGAAGGCUGCUUUCGAGACUGUAGCAGCCACCAGCCCGAUUCUGCGUACUCGCAUUGUACAGGUUCCCGCUCAGGGACUGAUGCAGGUCGUGGUGAGCGGCAAGCUCCCGUGGUCCUCAAGUCACAGCCUCGACGAAUAUCUGCAAGAAGACCGCGGGAGGCCCAUGGGUCUUGGAGACGCCCUCGCACGGUUUGGCCUGGUCUCCGACGAGAAGAAAGGCAAGGUGCACAUCGUGUUGACGAUCCAUCAUGCACUGUACGACGGGUGGUCGAUGCCGUUGAUCAUUGAACGGGUCAACAGGGCCUAUCAGGGCCUGCAGACCGGACAACCGACCCCUUUCAGAUCUUUCAUCAAGUAUCUCGCUGAUCUCGACCGCCCUCGCUCGGAAGACUUCUGGAGGGAUCAGUUGGAGGGGGCCACAGGACAACAGUUCCCACCCAUACCUUUCCCGGGCUACCAACCACGGGCAGACUCCUUGCUCGAGCAUUACGUCCACUUCCCGGAUUCUGUCAGCUCCAACACAACCGUCGCUACCGCCAUCCGAGCGGCAUGGGCUUUAGUCGCGGCGCGAUAUACCUCUGACGAGGAUGCAGUAUUUGGCGAGACUCUCACCGGACGCAAUGCACCUAUUGCCGGGAUCGCAGAAAUUGAAGGGCCACUUAUUACCACCGUACCGACGCGAGUCCGCGUAAGCAGAGAGAUGCAAGUCUCCGACUACCUGCAGGGCGUUCAUGAGCACACCAUCCAACGCAUCUCACAUGAGCAUAUGGGACUCCAGCAUAUCAGGCGUCUCAGUGCAGACGCUCGUGAAGCCUGCGAGCUGCGAACGGGCAUUGUCUUGCAUCCAAAUACCGAAGACGAGCAGAAAGAAGCUGAUGCGCCCGGAGAGUGUCCUGCAAAUGGCUUUGUGCCCGUCGACGAUAUCGAAGCUGCAAAAGAGGCGUUGAAGUUCAAUUCAUAUGCGCUGAUGCUGGUCUGCUCCUUGGAUUCGGCUGGCUUCUUGACAAUGGCAAGCUUUGACUCGAAAACAGUCGAUUCAACUCAGAUGCAAAAGGUGCUGGAGAACUUUGGACGCACCGUGCAGCAGCUGUGUCAAAACACAAGCAGGCCGAUUUCCGACCUGGAGAUCAUGAAAACGCCCAAUCCAGCCGAUCUGCUGCCAAUGGCUGAUCGGGGCGUCCACAGCAUACCGCAGGCUGGAGACCAGACCAUAAGUGCCGUCCACAAGAACGUGAAGCGAACGUGGAUUGUCGAUCCCAGGACCCCGGAAUGUCUCCUACCGGUGGGCGCUGUCGGAGAACUCUUGCUCGAGAGCGAGGGCGAGCUUCCUUUCACAUUGAUCAACAAACCUGCCUGGCUCCGUGAAACGCUUGCUGUUGGGCCAAACGCACAGACAGCCCUCUACAAGACUGGCCAUCGAGCAAGAUAUAACAGCAACGGGUCGCUUGUGUUCCUGGGCUUCCAAUCCAAGCGAUCAGAUGUUCAGAAGGCGAAAAAGGCUCAAAGCAACGGGUCGAAAGAGGCGUCCCAACCGAUGACAGCCAGGCGAGAGCAGCUGCGUCAACUCUGGAGUAGGAUUUUGGGCAUUCCAGAAGGUGAAAUUGGCCCCGAAAGUAGCUUCUUUGCAUUGGGUGGUGACUCGAUCGGUGUGAUGAAGCUCGUGUCAGAAGCUCGCUUGGAGGGCCUCGAGAUGACCGUGGCAGGAGUCUUCCGCUACAGAGUGCUCAGCGAGAUGGCCAAUACCCUGAAGGAGUCGGCUCCUCAACAGCCCGUCUCAACGUCGAUUGCUCCUUUCUCAGCCCUAGAGACGACCGAUGUGGAGGGUUUCCUUGCUCAAGCAAUCAUGCCAUCUAUAUCACAGCCAGCGGGGAAGAUAAAAGACGUGCUCCCAGCACGUCCUCUGCAGGAGAUCGCAGUGAAAGGGACGACACAUCUGCCACGAUACUCGGCACGAUAUGAGCUGUUCUAUCUCGAUACACCAAUCGACCGUAAACGAUUGUUCCAAAGCUGUCAAGAACUGGUUUUGCGCAACGAAAUUCUCCGCACUGUCUUUGUCACACACCAAGGAAAUUGCUAUGCCGUCGUGCUCGAAGAAUUGGAAGCUGAAGUCGUCGAGUAUACGAUCGAUGGCGAUCGGGAAGGCUUCGCAAAGAAACUUUGCGACCUGGACAUCCAGACAAAGAUGCCUGAAGGGUCAGCCUUCGUCAAGUUCUUCUUUGUGCAAGGCGAGAAUGGACAGAGUUGCUUGAUUCUGAGGAUCUCGCACGCCCAGUACGAUGAGAUAUGUCUGCCUCGCCUCUUGCACCAAUUGGCGGCGCUUUACGAACACAAACCAGUGCCCGAGUCACUGCCAUUCUCGUCGUUUGUGUACCACGUCCUCCAGGAAAAUCUGCCAAAGAGUGCCCAAUACUGGAGAAAGCUCCUGAAAGGCGCUUCCAUGACCGUGUUGCGUCCCGAGAUCACCCUCAAGUGCAAGACCCCGGCUGCUGUGUCUAGGACGUUUGAUAUCUCAGGUCGAUAUAGAGAGAUCACAAUUGCAACCUUGCCGACCGCCGCCUGGGCUCUUUGUUUGGCCCGCCGCCUGGGUCUCCGAGACGUGACAUUUGGCGAAGUCGUCAGCGGGCGCAACAUCGGCCUGCCCAACUGCGACAUAGUCAUGGGCCCAACCUGGCAGUAUAUACCAGUUCGAAUGCAGUUUGACAAUGGCUGGACUGCACUGGACUUGCUCAAUUCCGUCCAGCAGCAGCACAUCGACAGCUCCCGUUUCGAAGGCAUGGGCCUGAAGGAGAUUGUGCGGGAUUGCACCGACUGGCCCAAAACAACCGACUGGUUCGAUUCCGUGGUGCACCAGGACGUUGAACAUGUCGAGAAUCUGUCCUUCCUCUCAGCUAACAGUCGGAUGGAGACCGUGUAUCCCCACCUGGAACCGCUCCGCGAGUGGAAGAUCCAGGCGUUUUUGAAGGAAAAUUCCCUUACUCUCGAGAUUGUCACGUUUGAGGAUUGGCUGGAGUUUGGGACAUCCUUACUUGACGACCUUGGUGCCUGUUUGGAACAACUGAUCAACAAGCCUCAGUCGAAACUUUUCCAGCCGGGUGCGAACGGUGACGCCUUGUUGAAUAGACAUCCCCAACCCAAUGGCACGUCUAAUGCGAACGGACAGACGACCAGCAAUGGCGAGAAUGGCACCAACGGGAAGUCUCUUCUUACCUAG